GGCAGCUAGAAGGCGCGGGUUGCUAGUUUGCAGCUUGGUUUGGCGAUUAUAGUGCUUUAAAAACCUGCCGGGCCAUGCAGCGUCUUUCCCUUUGGGAUCCUGUGCGUCUAGGCUGGCUUUUCAGUAAGUCCUAGGGCUGCGUUGUGGAGGCCGCCGUCGUCACGCGGAGAAGAAGGUGCCUGUGAGGGGCGUACCCUCUGCCAUGAAGAAGAUUUUUGGCUUCAGGAGUAAGGGCCCAUCGCCCUUAGGCCCCUCUGCCCGCCCGCGCAGCAACUGCGUGGGCUUUGGACGUGAGAGUGCUAGUGGCUCCCACGUGCCCAGGUACCACAUUCACGACAAGGAUAUGGGCAAGAUCCACAAGGCUGCAAGCGUGGGAGAUGUAGCCAAAGUGCAGCAUAUCCUUAUCCUUGGGAAAAGUGGCGUGAACGACAGAGACAAGAAGGACAGGACCGCUCUACACCUUGCCUGUGCUUACGGCCACCCAGAAGUGGUGACUCUCUUAGUAGAGAGAAAAUGUGACAUAGAUGCCCGGGACAGUGAAAAUGGCACGGCCCUCAUUAAGGCCGUUCAGUGCCAGGAAGAAGAAUGUGCGGCUAUACUGCUGGACCACGGUGCCGAUCCAAACGUGAUGGACAACAGUGGCAACACUGCCCUCCACUAUGCCGUCUACAGUGAAAACUCAUCCAUAGCAGCCAAACUGCUUGCACACAAUGCAAAUAUAGAAGCCAAAAACAAGGAUGACCUAACACCUAUGUUACUUGCUGUAAAGGAAAAUAAACAGCAUAUUGUGGAAUUUUUAGUAAAGAAGAAAGCAAGUAUUCAUGCAGUUGAUCAGCUUGGAAGCAACAGGCAAAUAUUUGAAUAUGAUGGGAAGAGACUAAAACAUUCUGAAAAUGGCAGUCCAGGUGCCACCUGUUUCUCUCUCCCUGACCCCCACCUCCCAGCAGCCACUGCUUUUUACUCCCUUCCGAGUUUUACUUUUUCCUGCAUAGUCAUGUGUUUCUCCAUGUUUGAAACAUUCAGUACCAAGGGCAGGUACUCCACCGUUGAACAAAGCCUCAGACUUGGCAUGAGCAGCAUCGUGGGAAAUUCUAAGACACUGAUUAUGGAUAAUGGUUCUGAAGAUGGCUCUUUAACCAGGUCUUCUAACACACCUGACCCUGCUGAUUCCUGGCCUACAUCAGAUGAGGAUGACUAUGACUUUGAUACCAAGAAUGUCCCCAAAAUUAAUUUAACAGAGUUGUGGACAGCUGCUCAGCAGUCUAAGAAAAACCAAACAAAAUGUGGCUUUGAGGAACCAGGCAAUGGAACCCUGUUUAAUGAGAGUAAUUCCACUAGUGAAGAUGAAGAUGCCAUUGUGAUUGAGCCUGCGUCAUCAGUCAGAGUCCAGACCCUCUCCCCAUCCUGUCAAUCACCUGACCCUGUGGAAGGAGCAGCUGAGCCAGCAGUGGAAGGAGAAGAAAACAGUGCUGAUGUUAUUGAGGGCGCUUCACAGGAGCAGCCAAAUCAUGACAAUUUACUCCGUGCUGAUGGUUGGCACAAAAGUAAUAAAAGUGAAAUGAUGUCUGCACUGGGACUAGGAGAAGACGAAGAUGAAGACUCACCCUGGGAUUCUGAGAGUAUCUCGGAGAGUGUCUCCCUGAAAGACAUGGGUCACUUCUCUGGGACUGCGGAGCAAACAGGAAAAAGGAGAGUACAUGGACAGAUAGAAGAUGUGACUUAUAUACCUUCUUGCAUGAGUGGAUCAAGAAACUUUAAGAUGGCUAAACUAGAGGAGUCAAGAAAUGUAGGCAUUCCAGUAGCCCACAUGGAGGCCCCCAGGAAAUAUGCAAUCAUGGAGCCUACCAUCGAAAGGAGGGUUCCUAUUCUGAACAAAACAGAGACUGUGGGAAUGAAGGAUGCACAAACUUUCAAAUCAGAGCCAGAAACAGUACCAAGAGAAGAAGAGACAAGGCUCAGUGGCAGUGAAGGCAGCCAGCCAAAGGUUGAAGAAAAGAGAAAGUACAAAAAUAAUGAAGCAGAACCAUCAGGAAAUCUAGACAGCGGUGCUGCUGACAGCGGUGCUGAUGUAAACCCACAGCGUGGAGACACUGAUAACCAGCAGACUCCCAGGAAGGGGAAAGAGAGACAUGGCGGUGGUCCUGCCUUGCUUAUGAAGGAAGCAAAGAAACUGGAAACUGAAAAAUGGGCAGUGACUGAGAGAGCUGGCUUCCCCACUGGUGGCUCACUACACAUGCAGGAUGGUUCCCACUGGAGUGACACGGACCAAAGUGAAUCCAGGCCCACAAAGAAAACAUCUAAUAAAAAUGACAAGGACAGCAAGCAGACAGCUGCUGUGGGCAACCUUGACGACCUUACGGAGUCCUCUGAAACUGCCUCUGAGGACCAUGAGCUCCAGGGCCCUGAUUUUGAGAGCAUUUUGUGUGAAAUCGAGCAUCUCAGACUAGAGUGUAAAGAUACUGUUAGUCUAUUGAAAAUCCGGGACGCCAUUUAUUCAUAUAAAAGAUUAGUAGAAGUUAAAAGAAGCCACUGUGAACUACUUACAGGAAAACUGAAAAGAGUGGAAAACAAAUGUAAAGGAUUACAGAAGGAAAUGUCAGAGACAGAAGAAAUCAAGUCCCGGUUGGAGCAUGAAAAGGUCGGAUGGGAACAGGAGCUAUGCAGGCUGAGAUUUGCACUGAAACAAGAGGAAGAGAAGAGGAGAAGUGCAGAUCAGCUUUCUGAGAAAACCGUGGAGCAGCUUAGAAGGAAAGGCGAGCAGUGUCAGAGUGAGGUGGAAGCCAGGCAGCAGCUUGAAGUCUCUCUCCGAACCCUGGAGAUGGAGCUGAAGACAGUGAAAAGUCAUCUCAACCAGGUCUUAGAGGAACGAAAUGAGACUCAGAGGCAGCUUUCCCGAGAACAGAAUGCCAGAAUGUUACAAGAUGGGAUUCUUGCAAAUCACCUCUGCAAGCAAAAAGAGAUAGAAAUGGCGCACAGGAAGGUGACCUCUGAGGUUUCUGUUAGUCAUGAAAAAGAAAAAGAUCUAUUGCAUAAAAACCAGAGGCUGCAGGAUGAAGUUGCUAUGGUAAGACUGGAAAUGGACACAAUAAAAAACCACAACCAGGAGAAGGAAAAGAAAUAUCUUGAAGAUAUUAAGAUUGCAAAUGAGAAGAAUGAUAAUCUUCAAAGGAUGAUAAAGCUGAAUGAAGAAACAUUUACAAAAACAAUAUUCCAGUAUAGUGGACAGCUUAAUAGUCUUAAAACUGAGAACACCAUGCUGAGUUCUAAGCUGGACAAUGAAAAACAAACUAAGGAGAGAUUGGAAACAGACAUCGAGUCCUUCCGGUCUAGACUGGCUUCUGCCCUGCACGAUCAUGCUGAGAUUCAGGCAGCAAAAAGAGACCUAGAAACUGCUUUCCAGAGAGCAAGAGAUGAGUGGUUUCGUUCGAAAGACAAGAUGAAUUUUGAUAUGUCUACCCUCCGAGAUAACAAUGAGGUUCUCUCCCAACAACUUUCUAAAACUGAGAGAAAAUUGAAUAGCCUAGAAAUCGAGUUUCAUCACACAAAAGAUGAGCUUAGAGAGAAGACACUGGCGUUAAAGCAUGCGCAGAGAGACCUGAACCAGACACAGUGCCAGAUGAAGGAGGUGGAGCACAUGUUUCAGGAUGAGCAAGGGAAAGUGAGUAAAUACAUGGGGAAGCAGGAGUCCAUAGAGGAGAGGCUAGCCCAGCUGCAGAGUGAGAACAUGCUGCUCCGACAGCAGCUGGACGAUGCCGCCAACAAGGCAGAGAGCAAAGACAAGACAAUAGUCAACAUCCAAGACCAGUUCCAGGAUGUGCUGAACAGAUUCCAAGCCGAGAGUCAGAAACACAGCCUGAGGCUAGAAGACAGAAAUCAGGAGUUAAUCAUUGAGUGCAGUCAUCUAAAAGAAAGAAUGUGUCAGUACGAGAAUGAGAAAGCAGAAAGAGAAGUCGUUGUGAGGCAACUCCAGCAAGAACUGGCCGAUACUCUAAAAAAGCAGUCGAUGUCAGAGGCUUCGCUAGAAGUUUCCUCCCGUUACCGCAGCGAUUUAGAAGAGGAGGCACGAGACUUAAAGAAGAAAUUAGAUCAGAUCAGAUGUCAGUUGCAAGAGGCGCAGGAUCAACACAGAGAAGCUGUACAACGUGCUGAGAAGAUGGAAGACCACCUACAAAAGCUUGAACUUGAAAAUUCCAAGUUCAAAAUUACAGUAAAAAAGCAAUCAGAGGAAAUUGAACAUCUUCAAGAAAACCUGUCAAGUGUGAAUUUGUCUGAAGAGGAUAAGGAAAAACUGCAGAAGCUUGCGGAGUUGAAAGAGUCUCUGGAAUAUACUUUGGAUCAAGAACAGAAGAGAAGUGGUGCAUUAGAAAAGGAACUGACAGAAUUUAAGGAAGUCUUAAAAAUGACCAAAAAAGAAUUAAAUGAAUAUGAAAACAGAGAACUUAAUCUUCGUCAAGAUAUAAAAAACAAUCAACUUGAAAUGGAUAUCCCAGUUAAUACACUAGUAAAAAAGAUUGAUGAUCUUACAACAAAACUGGAAACUGCAUCUUCAAAAUGUCUACAUCUGGGUAAAAAAAAUCAGCUGCUUCAGCAGGAAUUACUAUUGAUGAGAACUAUACAAAAGAAAUGUGGGAAACUAGAGAAGAAUAAAAAGCAGUUGGAGCAGGAGGUAGUGAACCUCAGAAGUCACAUGGAGAAGAACAUGGUGGAGCACAGCCAAAUGCAGCAGUAUGCUCGGGAGGUCGAAGAGCGAGCAAGGCAGGACUUGGUGGAAAAGUUAAAACAGGUCAACCUCUUCUUGCAGGCUCAAGCAGCGUCCCAGGAGAACUUGGAGCAGUUGAGAGAGAACAAUAAUGCUUCAGUUAGAAGUCAGAUGGAGCUCAGGAUUAAAGACCUGGAAUCCCAGCUCUACAAAAUGAAAGCCCAGGAAGACUUCGAUAAAAUAGAACUAGAAAAGUAUAAGCAGCUCUACCAAGAAGAGUUCAGACUUAGAAAAUCGUUGUCAAGUAAACUUAACAAGAUGAGUGAGAAGCUGGAGGAGGCCAGCACCAAGCUGCUCCUGGAGGAGCAGCAGAGCAGAUCUUUGCUAAGCACACUCAGCACAAGGCCUGUUGUAGAGUGUCCUUGUGUUGGAAGUCUUCAUAAUAGUUUGGUAUUCAACAGAACUCUCAUUCCAAGAGAAAACAUAGUGGUUCCUACCUCAGGUCCACAGCCAUCCAAUAAAAGAGUGGAGAUCUUUCUGACCAAGAUGCAUCAAGAGUUAGAAAAAAGUAUAAAUAGAGAACUUAAAGAAGCUACUGCUGAACUUGAAUCUGAGUUCUGCAGAGUUUCUCCUCUUGGAUCUGCUACUAAACCAAGCCAAGAUCUACUCUCAGAAGCAUCGCAAGAAUAUAUAGACAUUUUAAAGAAAAAAUACAUGAUCUGCUGAAUUUAAAAAGAGAAAGAGGAAGAAAAGGCAUGAAAGUAGAAGUGGGGCUGUUUGGGAGAAGGGCCAAAGGAGGAAAGGACCAGAGAAGAUAAAGGGGUGUUCGCCGUGUGUGUCUGGAAUGUCUCAACAGCCUGGGUACCUGUGGUGGCACAUAUCUUUGACUCCAGCACUUGGGAAGCAGAGGCUGGUAAAUCUCCGAAUUCAAGGACAGUCAAGGCAAUGUGUCUCAAACAGAAAAAUAAAGUCAUAAUGAUGGCUACUAUUUUGUAUAAAUAAUACACAUUAAUAUAUAUGAUCUAAAAUAUAACAUGUUGGGCUGGAGAGAUGGCUUAGGAGUUUGAGAACACUAGCUGCUCCUUCAGAUGUCCUGAGUUCAAAUCCCAGCACCCACAUGGUGCCUCUCAACCACCUAUGUGAUCUGAUGCCCUCUUCAGGCACACAGGGUUAUGUGCAGAUAGAGCACUUGUAUACAUAAAUAAAUAAAUCUUUAAAAAAAGAUAUAAACAUUUAUUAAAAUAAAGUAAAACAUUAUAUUUAUUAAACUGUUUAUAUAUUUUAGUUGUAUUAACUGUAUGACUUGAAACAAGUGAGAAAAACUUUUUUGUCAUAUGUAUUAGAAAUUAAUAUGUUUACCUGGGGUUUUUUGGUGGUCUUAAGCAGAUUUUGCAAGUAUUAUUAAACCAGUAUUACAAACUUUUACUUAUGAAGACACCCUAAAGCAAAUUGUUUAAACAGCCAAGUUAUCAUGAAUACUUUGGUGGGAUGAAAUACCACAUUUGUAUUUAUAUUUUUCUAUUUUUAUCACUA